GCUAUUUGUAUUCUUAGAAAUUGCUUGGAGAAAGAAAGAUUAAGUGACUUACCUAGUCAUACAAUUGAUACAUGUCAGAAAUAGAACUUAAUCUCAGGUUUUUCUGACUACAAGGCCAGCUCUGUCCAGUCUGCCAGGCAGAUGUGAUUCUUACUGAAUUAAAAAGUUCAAAAGCAAUGAUAAAACAUGAAAUCAUAAAAUUUGAACUGAUUUUGAAUGGUAUUUUUUUCAAUGCUUUAUUUGCCAAUACCCCCUAUUUUGAAGAUAAUAAAACUCUUUUUGGGUAACUUUCAACUAAUUUUGGAGAGAUUCGCUUUCUCUUCUAGUCCUCUCCAAACCCUUUUACCCCAAACCUCACAGGCUAAAUUAUUGAGAUUUGUUUGUGUUCUAGUAGUCCCGCAGGCUUUGCAAAUCCUAGGAGACUCUGUUUUAGAUGUGGUUCAGAUAUCUCUUUGUUUUUGUUUUUAUUGAGUGUAGUUCUGAAACUUUUAUGUGAAGAAAAUCCUGGGCUAUGGAGUUUGUUUUUGUAGUGAGUUUCCCAAAAGAAGAAAAAAUGUGAUCUGAUCUUCAAUAGUAUUCAUUUAUAAGUUCUUUGAAAGCACCGGAGAUGUGUUUGCAGUGAAACUGGAUACUUCUGGCCUGGAUUUGCUUUAACUCCACCUCUAGGUGGAUCUAAGCUUUUUUCUGUGGGAGAAAUGAAAGUGAAACUUAGCCGGAGCCAUUUUCUGCAAGCUGUGUGUUGUCUCUAUAGGACCGUGGGAAAAUAUUUUAUUUUCAUACUAUCAAAGUUACUCCUCUUUACUUUUAAACAGGGAUGUUAGACUGCAAAAGCUAUUAUACUAACCAAAGAACUAGUCUUUGAAACUUUACUGUCACCCUUAGUUCCUUUCUCCUUCUCUAGAGGGAAGUUUUCCUGUAGUUAAUGGAUUAGUUUACACCACGGGAGUUUCUUUUCUUGUGCUCAAAUAAGUGAGAUGAAUUAAGCUCAUCGGUAUGGACAAACUUCAGGGGUGUUCCCUCGACAGAUACCGUAGCCAUCAGGUCCAAGGCUAUGACUACAACAAAUCCAGACAGCAGUCGGGGCAGGGAUUCUAUCCCGAAAGAUUUCGAAGUCAGCAGAUAGAGUUCCUGAGGGGACAGCUCCCUGAAGUGCCCCUGAUCAGGGAGCAGCCGUCAACAUCAUCUUUUCUGCCCAGGGACAGGCCGCGAUUUCCAGGACCACCUGCUGGCGUGAGGCAGCCUGGGAACUGGAAUGCUGUAAGGCCACCUCCUAGCAAUCCCUCGCCCUGGAAAGGUUCACCUUCCCCAAGAGGCAGGGCCACAUCGAGGCAAGGGGUGGCUAAGCUCACCUUUAAUUUCCAACAGCUGUCUAUCAAUCAAGAUCAGGAACAAAGGAUUUUGGAGCUUUUAGGGGAACUUAGGGAAGGGCAGUCUGCUACAGUCUAUGAUCUUGCCAAAAAACUUGGGGUCCAAAAGAAAGAGGUAAAUCGAGUUUUGUACCAUCUGCUGAAGCAGGGGAAGUUACACAGGGAAGAAGGCACACCUCCUGGCUGGAGGAUCCCAACCCAGUCCCAUGCUUGGAAACAAUCUAACCAAGCUGUGAGACAAAGUGUCAAAAAGGGUCCAAAUAAAAACCCGAGCUUGGACUUCAAAGACAAAAGUUUCGUACCUGACUCGGAGGAUCUGCUUGAUUUUGUCAACAUGACUGAGGUCAAGGAGAAAAUCUGUGCCUACUUAUAUGAUGUUCCAGAUUCCUCUGCCCUGAAUUUAGCCAAAAACAUUGGUCUUGCCAAGGCCCGAGAUGUCAAUACCUUACUCUUUGAUUUGGAAAGGCAAGGAGAUGUUAGAAGAGAAGGAUUUGCUCCUCCUAAGUGGUCAUUGACGGUCAAAAAGCGAGAGAGGAUGCAACUUAAAAAAAAUGAAAAUGUCCCAGUAGGCAGCCACAGAUCCAAAACAGAUAACUCAGAUGGCACCACCACCCCAGCCAAAAGGAAAGAAGAAAGUGUUGAGAACGGACAUCAGCCUCCAUCAGGAUCGGCAGAGGAUGACAGUGUGACCAUCCCAGGAUUGUUUGAGGAACCCCAAGUAAGAAACAAUAGCUUCUUAGAUAUGAAGGUUGAAAAUGGUCAGUGGGCCACAGAUGACAUCCCAGAUGAUUUAAAUAGCAUUAAGCAUGGAGAUGACCUGCAGACCAUAAUGGAUCUACCCAACUAUAUGGCCCGUGUGGGUGCCUCAUCACAGUUCACAGCUAUCAAGAAACUGACAGCUUGCCGACAAAAGAAUCCAAUCAGUGGGCUGCUAGAAUAUGCUCAGUUCACCUGCCAAACUUGUGAGUUCACACUCUUAGAACAGACUGGUCCAUCACACGAACCCAGAUUUAAAUACCAGGCUGUGAUCAGUGGCCGACGGUUCCCUCCAGCAGAAGCUGGCAGCAAGAAACUGGCCAGGCAAGAUGCUGCUGCAAAAGCUAUGACAGUCCUGUUUCAAGAGUCUGGAGCCCAGGAGGAAGAGUCCUCGCCAGGACUAUCUCGUCCUAUGGAAGAAGGACCAGAGAAGCCUUCAGUUCCAGAGUGUGAACCCUCUCCCAUCAGCCCCUCAAGCCUCCUUUUUGGGAAGAACCCCAUUAGUGUGUUGAUGGAGCAUGUGCAAAAAUCCGGGAGCACUUGUGAAUUCCUCCUCAUAUCCCAGGAAGGCCCAGCUCACGACCCCAAGUUUAAAUACUGUGUAAAGCUGGGGAGUCAGACAUUUCCAACCAUGAUGGCCAAUAGCAAGAAGGCAGCAAAGCAGAUGGCAGCUGAGGUGGCUGUGAAGGCUCUCUGUGGAGAUCCUAACCUGACCCCUUGGAGCAGGCAGCAAAGCACUGACUACUUUAGUGAUCCUCCUGCACACUUUGCUGGCCUAGGAGAACCAACACCCAGCAAGGCAAAGAAGGUUGGGGAUCUUAUCAAAUAUCUGAAUGCCAACCCUAUCAGCGGUCUUUUUGAAUAUGCCCGGUCCAAUGGCUUUGCUGCAGAAUUCAAGUUGGUAGACCAAUCUGGACCUCCCCAUGAACCCAAGUUCAUUUACCAGGCAAAGGUUGGGGGUCGCUGGUUCCCGGCUGUCAGUGCACACAGCAAGAAGCAGGGAAAGCAAGAGGCAGCUGAUGCAGCCCUGCGAGUCCUGAUCGGGGAGACAGAAAGGGCGAAGCGUAUAGGGGGCCUGGGCAUUUCAGAGCUUCCUCUGACUGGUAGUACCCUCCAUGAUCAGGUGGCCAUGUUGAGCCACCAGUGUUUCAGCUCUCUCACUGCGCCCAUCCAGCACAACCUGCUUGGCCGCAAGAUCCUGGCCGCCAUCAUCAUGAAGAAAAGCGAUGACGACCUGGGCCUUGUGGUCAGCUUCGGGACAGGGAAUCGCUGUGUAAAGGGAGAAGAGUUGAGUCUAAAGGGGGAGACGGUCAAUGACUGCCACGCGGAGAUCAUUUCAAGGAGGGGCUUCAUCAGGUUUCUCUACCAUGAGUUAAUGAAAUACAGUUCCAUGUCUUGGAAAGACAGUAUAUUUGAGCAUGCCCAUGGAAAUAAGCUACAAAUAAAAAAGAACGUGACUUUCCAUCUUUACAUCAGCACUGCCCCUUGUGGGGACGGCGCCCUCUUUGACAAGACCUGCAGCGAUCCUCCAGAGGGUUUCAUGGACACACAGCAUCAGCCCCUCUUUGAGAACCCUAAACAAGGCAAGCUGCGCACCAAGGUAGAAAAUGGAGAAGGCACGAUCCCAGUGGAGUCGAGCGACAUCCUGCCCACGUGGGACGGCAUUCAGCACGGAGAGAGGCUGCGCACCAUGUCCUGCAGCGACAAGAUUCUCCGUUGGAACGUGCUUGGCCUGCAGGGGGCGAUGCUCUCCCACUUCUUGCAGCCCAUUUAUCUCAGCUCAGUCACUCUGGGUUACUUGUACAGCCAGGGCCACCUGACACGGGCAAUCUGCUGUCGUAUGUCCAAAGAAAGUUCAUUCCGAGAAGGCCUAAAGCCUCCAUAUACUGUCAACCAUCCUAAGGUGGGCAGGGUCAGUGUAUAUGAUUCCACAAGACAGACUGGGAAAACCAAGGAGUCCAGUGUUAACUGGUGUGUAACUGACAGAGCUGAAAUCGAGGUCCUGGAUGGUACCAAAGGCAAAGUGGAUGGACCAAAACUCGAUGUGUCACGUCUCUCGAAGAGGAGCAUGUUCAGCCUGUUUCAGCAGCUGUGUGCCCACCAUAACCGCAAGGACCUCUUGAGGCUUGUUUCCUAUAAGGAGGCCAAGGAGGCUGCCCAGGACUACCAGGUGGCCAAGCGCUACUUCAUCAAAAGUCUGAAGGACAUGGGCUUCGGCAGCUGGAUCAGCAAACCUCUGGAGGAAAAGAACUUUUCCCUCUGUGAAGCAUAAUGUGCUCAGUCAGCUGGGUGUUCAGGAGUGUUUCAGGGUUUAGGGUGGGAGGUGGGUGAUGGCACUCUUUAUUAUCUUGUUUUGUUUUUGUUUUUAAUGGACCCAGGAUUGCAAUAUGUAGGGCUUUGGGUUCUCAUUUGUCCUGCCUCCUUUGGGCUUAUCAGGGUAGGGUAGUGUGAGCAAGGCCUUGCCACCACCUGUAUUCCCAGGGAAGAAGCAGACAUCUGUAGGGAAGAAAAAAGCUCUUCUAUCUCUUAAUAAGCAAAAGCAAUCAUUGGGCGAAUGCAAGACGUUCCCUUGAACUUUUUUUCUUUACUAUAUUUACUUCUUGAGAUCUUGAUUAGGUUCCAGUCAACUUUUUUGUGAUUCAAAGAUUGAUAUAAUUUGUGGAUUUUCCCAGGUCUUUUGGCUUCUCCACUUUCCCUUCUUUCCCCUUCCUUUUAACUGUCUGGCUACUCCAAAUUUCCCCCUGAAAAGGGUGAACAUAGUGGCUAAUUUCAAGUAUUAGACAAAAUAUUUACAAAGAGGUUGAAUUGACAGUCAAUUUUGUUUCUGUGCCAGUAAAGGAAAGUAUUAAUAUAGUCAACUUCAACAGCUGAUCUACAUAGAGAAUCUAGUAGUCAUGUUAUCCUUCCACCCAGUUGAAAGUGGGUAAAUGUGGAAAGCAUGAUUCUGCCUCAUAGCAAUAAUGGGAAUGAAGGAACAGAGGAAGAAAGACUUCCAGGGUUUUGGUUUUUUGUUUUUCUUUUUGUUUUUUUGUUUCCCUGUGCAAUAGGGGCAAGAAUGCUACUGGGGAGGAAUGGAGUCCCCAAAUCUCAGCUAUUAUUAAACUCCAUUGCUAAUAAUUACUUUCCAGACUAGUUUCCCUACUAAGGCCCUAAAAGGGCCUUUACCUAAAACAAUUGAAUAGAACAAUCCCUGGGUCAGAUUCCCAAAGGUGAUCUAUAAUCACCUCAGUCUAAAUCUAUGAUCAGAUUAUCAGCAGUGAACAGGAAAAAGGGCAUGACAGCUGCUUGCUGGGAAGAAUCAGACCAACCAAUCAAGUACUGGCUCCGUUGCCAGCCAUGCCAAGAAAUGCUGACUUAUAUUGGCAAGAAUAGGGGGUUUAAAAAUACAUGUUAUUUGUUUUUCAUUCCCACAGGUAACCAAGAAUUGAUAUUCAAGUUUAAAAUUAGUACCUUAAUCCCAAUAUUAGAAGUAUUUCCAAAGGGUUUUGAUGAUUGAUUUCUAGAGAUGAUUCUCAACUAGUACAUAGGCCCCUAGUAGGGUUCUUUUCCUCUGCUUGUUGAGGAGAAAAUAGACAUUGUAGGCAAAAAUGGAGGUUUUUCUUUUUAACUCUUGAGUUAGAUGCUUUAAGUCUAGUGUCUCUUUAGCCUGAGGAAUCCUUGUCUCCACUUUAAUCACUUUAACUAUCAAGCUAAAGUAAAGGUUAACCGAAUAUCUCAGGGAGAAUAGUAGAAACGUUGCACCCUUAACAUCGUCUUUUCUCUAGCUCUCCCUAGAAUGGUACUGAUACAGUAAUACCUGUUAUCUUGCCAAGACAUAUUUCUUCCCAUUCUUCAGGUAGUCCACUGGUCCAAUCAGCUGUUCAUAGCUCUACACUUGCAGAUAUCUCAACACAAGCAUAAACAUGCACACAUUCAUGUUUAAAUCUACAAAUACACAUACACACACAUAUAUGUGUAUGUAUAUACAUACAUGCUAUGUAGUUACUACAGUCUAUCCUCUUAAUCAGAAAUUAUCUAAGGGGAAUGAGGAAAGCCAGGAUGUCAUGACAUGAUAAGGGUGUCUUUGCAGCACACCAGAAUGUCCUUAGGAACUUGUUGGAAAAUCGUGCCCCAUCUAUCUACUAAGAAAGAAAAAGACUCUUGGUCCCUGGCUUCAGUGUACUUUGCAUCCUUUUCAAUCAGAGGUUGAAUGAAGCUAGUAAUAUCUAUGUACCUGUCCCAGGGGUCAGUGAGCGCUCAUGACUAAGUUGGGAAUUAGGAACCUCCUAGAAAGAAGUUCUUUGAUCCCAGGUCUCCUCCAGUUUAAGAGCAUUAUCAUCUUCGUCCUCCUUUACUCAUUGAUGGAAUGUUUUUCAACCCCUACCAAAGUCUGCUUUGAUUGGACAGUAGAAACCCUUCAGCAAAACAAAUUUUGUUGACUCUAGGCCACAUGAAACGGGGUGAAUAUUAUGAUGAGAAGGUUGCAAUGUAUCAAAUACACCUCCAUUCCUCAUGAAUGAUUCUGUUGCUACUGCAGGAACACUGAGCAAGGGAUGUGUGUUAGAGUGGGGCAGGACUAUAAUAAGCUCUUUCUUUCCUGCUUCAUUCUCUCUCUCUCUCCCUCCCCCUCCCCUUUUCCUCCCUCCCUCCCUCUUCUCCCCCCUCUUCUCCCCUGUUUCUGAGCAAUGGAGGAGCAGAAGGUGGGAUUUCCCAAGGAUGGAUCUGAUACCGUUGUGAGAUUUCUAUUACCUUUUAUUAGAUCCCUUAUCACACUCCUCUUCCACCUUCCUUCUAAAAAGGGGGGAGGGGAGGAAAUCCUGUGGUUGAUAAGCCAGUACAAUUACAAUUGUGUAUUCCUUAGAGAAAUCACUUAGCAUAAAUUAUCCCCAUCUGAACCGAUUCCUUUUUUUAUCCCUAAAGGGACCUAGUUUGGCGUUUGGGGGGCUUUUGGCAAUAGCUCUUGAGAGCAGAAUAGAGAAGCAAGUGUAAAUGUGAGGAAACUGACCACAACAUACUCCUUUUAUAAUUCUGCCUUUAAGUAUCCUUAGAUAUCAGUGAUAGAAGAUAUACAUUCCUCAUAAGAAAUAAAAGAAACUUUCUGUAUUGUUAGACAACCUUAUUUCCACAACUCAUUGAGUAAAUUAAAAGUGUGGAGAGGGAACCCUAAGACCUGGGAUGUUUUUUUUUUCCAAUGCUGAGGAGCAGAUUACAAACCUGUACUGAUAGAAAAGAGCUAGUCUAUUCUGUUUGACAACAGAAGGAAGCAUUUCAAAGGGGCUGAGGGAUCAAAGGGAAGCUGCUUCAGUAGCUCCCAGAAGGAACUGUCUGCCAAUGGAAAUAUCCCCGACAGCUCAUUUGCCCCUGCCCCCAUUCCAACCCCAGCUUACUCUAUCAGUGCCCUCCACAUUUUUUCAAAAUCAGAGCAUAUUGUACAGCUAGACUCGGCUUUGCUUGUUUUAAAAUGGAAUUGAACUUUGGCCAUUUGCAUUUUAAUACAUUGGUAAUAUCUUGAAUGUGUCUCUCACCUUCCUUUCGUGGAGCACUUAUUUCUUAGGGGGCCUCUUGCUCUUUGAUUUUUGAUUUCAUUAAAUUGCUUGCAGGAUAUGUAAGUGGGCUUUGGAGGGAAAAAUCAGCAUUGCAUCAACUUAAAUGGAAGCUAGGUAAGAUUAAAAAAACAGAUUAUUUUCCUUA